CGAUUGCUCGAUUGCUCGAUUGCUCGAUUGCUCGGUAGAGUAUCUUUUCUCUAAUAUUUCAUAUCUAUCUUCUGUGAACUUAUAUGGCUGCCUCUUCUCCAUGUCUCACCUCUAAUGGGGUAUCCAGAACAUCUGGAAAAGCUAUUCUUACCAAGGGAAUGUAUGGUACGAGCCUAUCUUCCUCAUCAAGUCUUCUUUUGCACAAUGUGAUGUCGAAGACAGUAUCUAUUAGUGCCUCUUUAAACCAAAGUAAACUCUCAUCAAGAAGAGAAUUUCUUAAGCUGUUACAUGGAAAUGCUGGUCUAGCAUUGUCUACUUUAAUUGGUGCAAAAACUGCUAAUGCUGAUGAGCAAGGUGUAUCUUCUUCAAGAAUGUCAUAUUCCCGUUUUUUGGAGUAUCUGGACAAGGAUAGAGUAAAGAAAGUGGAUUUAUUUGAGAAUGGAACCAUAGCAAUUGUGGAGGCUGUUUCACCAGAACUUGGCAAUCGUGUGCAGAGAGUGCGUGUGCAGCUUCCUGGUUUAAGUCAAGAACUUCUUCAGAAAUUAAGAGAGAAAAAUAUUGAUUUUGCAGCUCACAAUGCUCAGGAAGAUUCUGGCUCUCUUUUGUUUAAUUUAAUUGGGAACUUAGCUUUUCCACUAAUCCUCAUUGGGGGUCUGUUCCUUCUCUCUAGACGAUCAUCUGGUGGUCUUGGAGGACCCGGUGGUCCAGGGUUUCCCCUUGGAUUUGGUCAAUCCAAAGCCAAGUUCCAGAUGGAACCUAACACUGGUGUUACUUUUGAUGAUGUUGCUGGGGUUGAUGAAGCAAAGCAGGAUUUCAUGGAAGUAGUGGAGUUUCUUAAGAAACCAGAAAGGUUUACUGCUGUCGGUGCUCGUAUACCUAAAGGUGUUCUUCUCAUUGGUCCUCCUGGUACUGGAAAGACUCUACUUGCCAAGGCCAUUGCUGGUGAAGCUGGUGUUCCCUUUUUCUCUAUCUCAGGAUCUGAGUUUGUGGAGAUGUUUGUUGGUGUUGGCGCCUCACGGGUUCGUGAUCUUUUCAAGAAGGCUAAAGAGAAUGCACCUUGUAUUGUAUUCGUUGAUGAAAUUGAUGCUGUUGGAAGGCAACGAGGAACGGGUAUUGGAGGGGGGAAUGAUGAAAGAGAACAAACUCUGAACCAGCUUUUGACUGAAAUGGAUGGUUUUGAAGGAAAUACAGGUAUCAUAGUUCUUGCAGCUACUAACCGCGCAGACAUCCUGGAUUCCGCUUUGCUAAGGCCUGGAAGGUUUGAUAGACAGGUUACUGUUGAUGUGCCGGAUGUAAAGGGACGCACAGAGAUACUGAAGGUGCAUGCUAGCAAUAAGAAGUUUGAUGGUGAUGUUUCUUUAGAUGUUAUAGCAAUGAGAACACCUGGUUUUAGUGGAGCAGACCUUGCAAACCUUCUUAAUGAAGCUGCAAUUUUGGCUGGUCGGAGAGGAAAGACGGCCAUUUCGUCUAAAGAGAUAGAUGAUUCCAUUGACAGGAUAGGAAUGGAGGGAACUGUGAUGACAGAUGGAAAAAGCAAAAGCUUGGUGGCAUAUCAUGAGGUUGGGCAUGCAAUUUGCGGGACUUUAACUCCAGGGCAUGAUCCAGUCCAGAAAGUGACCCUGAUUCCUCGCGGCCAAGCUCGAGGGCUCACUUGGUUUAUCCCUGCUGAUGAUCCAACACUAAUCUCAAAGCAACAACUCUUUGCGAGGAUUGUUGGCGGCCUCGGAGGUAGAGCGGCUGAGGAGGUCAUUUUUGGAGAGCCUGAGGUGACCACUGGUGCUGCCGGCGAUCUACAGCAGAUAACUAGCUUGGCCAAGCAGAUGGUGGUCGCAUUCGGAAUGUCGGAGAUUGGCCCGUGGUCCCUAAUGGACUCUUCGGCUCAGAGCGCGGAUGUGAUAAUGAGAAUGAUGGCUAGGAACUCCAUGUCCGAGAAACUCGCUGAGGACAUUGAUGCCGCCGUUAAGAGGAUUACUGACAAUGCCUAUCACAUUGCUCUAAGCCACAUCAGAAACAACCGUGAAGCCAUCGAUAAGAUCGUCGACGUGCUCGUCGAGAAGGAGACGUUGGCGGGCGAUGAAUUUCGAGCAAUCCUUUCCGAAUUUGCUGAGAUCCCAUCAGAGAACAGAGUUCCUCCAUCUAAGCCAGCACCUGUUCCUGCUGCUUAAUAUCAUAUUUCUUAUAUUAUAGCUUUUGUAAGCUGAAGGAACGUAUUCUGCUGUACAAAUUGCAACAUUGUAUAAUAUUUUUGCAGUUUAUAAAGUUCACUUGUAACA